UUGUUUAUGAGCGACCUAAACAAAGCAUUAGGUACGCAGCGCACUGUGUAACAAUGAUCACUGCAGACUAUCAGUUACCAUUAUAUAAUUGAGGAGUAUAAUAGUAUGUGCUUAAAGUUCAUGGGACAAAUUAAACAUUUAUUUUAAAAGUUCAAAAUGAAAUGUGUAUAUUCAUUUCUGCUGCUUUCUUUAAUAGUACAGGGAUGCUUAUCAACAAUUAAUUCAGUAGAUGCAAACGAGAACAUGAGCGAAUCGCAACUUACAGGGCAAGGGUUAAUUGAGUUGGGAAUAAAGCUUGACAAACCUUUGCUGAAAUUCAUAGGCCAAACAAUGCGCCGUGUAGAGAACCGAAUGGAUAAAGAGCAUGACGACGUGGUUGAAGAAAUGUGCCGACUUCAUCCCUGUUCUGAAUGGAGUGAGUGGUCAGAGUGUGACGCCACCAAUCCAGGUGAGUUUGGAGGUCAAACAAGAGGUAGAACUUGUGGUUUAAAUACCACGUAUUGUAAGCAUAACACUAAGCCAACCUUUGUGACCGACAGAAAGGUUUGCCAGUUAUUGUGUCCAAAGGAUUAUACUUUCACAAAUAACAAUUUCUGUUUAAAAUUGUACGACAAACUAUUAGCCAGAGACGAUGCUGAAAAUAUUUGCCAAAAUGAUGGAGGACAUCUUGUAAACGUUGAUUCUGGGAUGAAAGUAAAAUAUGUUAAUGAAACAAUUCUUCAACAAAGCUUUUCUUCUGAUAUGUUAUGGAUUGAUGGAAGAAAAUCCGUUCAAGGUGCCCCUUGGACUUAUGGAUACAAGUCAACAGAUCCGUCAUUUACAUUCUGGGGAGACAACGACCCAGAUAACGGACCUACCGAACUAUGUAUUGUGUAUCACAGAACAUUAUCCACUAAACAAAUUUGGCAAUGGUUUGAUACCCCAUGUACACAUAAGCGUGCUUUCAUUUGCGAAUACCAAUAUGAGUAACUCUGUAGCUUUUGAACAAUUAAUAAGAAUAUAACUUUAUUAAUCUUAGCAUAUACAUUGCUAGCACAUGCUACACACAUUUAGAGCUAAAAACAACAAUGACCGUGAUUUUGCAUGACAAGUUUUAUAUUUCCUUCGUCUUCUGAGAGGAUAACGAACCAGCUUACAGAAUUAAUCAGAGUGAAUCAAGGACCACUGAGGAUCGCACUCGUUCGUCUGAUGGUGCUUUUGUUACCAAUUUUAAUGAUAAUCCCAAUACCAUUGGAUCAAAUCGAUGUCUAACCUGUAUAUGUUAUACUCGUUAAUAUGACAGUUGGCUUUCAUGUGAAGUUUAAACAUAUACUUAAAGCAAAGGAGCGUGUAAAAAACUUUUAACACUACUGUAUGUAAUUUGGUAGCUAUAUUCUACGCAAUACUUUACAAUAAAAAAACACAUAAAUUGAAAUUAACAAUCGUUGUUCCCAAUUUUAGUUCUUCUUAUUCCCCUUAUAGAUGACAUAUUUUGACAGCCAUACAAACCAUGUCAUACUGAAGAAAAAGGGGAUUUUUUUAAUAUCUUAAAAAAUUGAGUAGCAAAUGCUUUUUCUUUUAAAUUUAAUGUCGAAUUCAUUUUGCUACUCUAUUUUUGUAUUCGUCUUAAUAUUUGUAAUUGCUUAUGCGUAUUGUGUUUAUAUAUGUUUUCGUUUCUAUAUGUUAUUAUGCUUAAGUGAGGGACAGUUACUAAUGUUACUAGAACUUGUUGUUUAACCCUAUUGUCCUUUGUUAAAUAUGUUGUUAUGUGAAAAAUAAUUUUCUUAAAUUGUAUUCAAAGACCAAUAAAAUAUUAUUAAAGAUAUACUAUGCUCAAAUUUGAUAUUAGAUGUUUCACAGUCUCUUUAAAAAUGUAAAAUAAACAUGUUUUGACUUUACACAAAGUAGAUACAUGUUAUAUUCAAACUCUACACACUAUGGUCACAAUAUGAAUAUAUAGUUUCAUUAAAAAUAAUCUACAAGUUUUCUUUUAAAAAAAACAUUUUACUUGAUCUUUAAUAGGAAAUGCAGCUUUCCAUACGUUGUUUAUUCAAUCUUUCAUUCAAAAUAGACAUAUCCAAUAAGGAUUAUGAAGAUUUCAAUAAAUCUAUGUGAUAAAAAUAUUUUACUCAAGGAUGAGCAUAGUAUAUUUUUAAACUAAACGCAAUACUACUCGUAUAAAAUUGAUUAUUUUUCAAUACCCAUAUAAAUAUUACAUAUUAUUUAAUAAUAAAAUAAUAUUUUUUUUUACUUUUCAUCAAUCUAAAUUAAUGUUUUCUGUUACGAAACGAUAAAAGAAUACGUGUGCCCUAAACAAGAAAGCAAUUGGCGAACAAAAUAAAACGCUGUAAGAUAUUGAAAUAAAGCUUACAAUAAUU